UAAACCAUCCUCCCCCACUUCCUGUUGGUGAUACUGACUGAAUCCAGGCCUGGUGCAUGCUGAGCUAGUGCUGUAUCACUUAGCUACAUCUCAGCCCUUUUAAAAUUUUAUUCUAAGACAGAGUCUUGCUUAGCUGCACAAACUGACACUGAACCUGUGAUUCUUCUCCCUUAGUGUCCUAAUAGCAGGUAUUACAAUCAUAUACCACCACAAUUGACUAUAAAUCUUGUUUCUAUAUCUAUCAUGAAAAUAUCAAUAAGAUGCAAUUAAUUAUGCUACAGGUUGCACACAUAAAAAUGCUUUGUAAAGUAUGCAAGAGUAAAGAAUUGUAAACACAAAGAUACAAUCUGAAUUUAAAGGGUUAUAACCUUUUAAAAAUACAACAUACAUUUUCAUUAAGAUUACUGUUCUUAUGGGCCAGGGUACAGUGGCACACGCCUAUAAUCCCAGCACUUUGGACACACAAGCAAGAGGAUGUUCAAGGCUAGCCUGAACUGCAUAGUGAAACUCUUCUCAGAAAGCCAAAAAAAAAAAAAAACAAUUAUUGUCCUUACAACUAGUGAAGUUUAUUUGAAAGCAAUAGUAUUUCAUUAAAUAAACAAGUUAGCAUCUCUGUUUUGAAUAAUUUUAUAAUUAGGCUUAAUCUCAAAAGCAAAAGUAAACCAAAACCCAUGUCCCUCAUAAUGAGCUUUUGAGUUACCCGAGUUAAAAAUGAAUGUAAUUAUUUUUCACUCUUAAUUUUGGAUUAUGAACAUGUUAUAGGAUUUACAUACAGUUUUUUUGAGUGCAUUGUAUUGGCUUUACACUCAAGUUAUUUUCUGGAGGUAAUUUUAUUAAAAUUAACUAUAGUUUUCUAACAACUUAUGCUGCAUAUGGUCUUCAUUGAAGAAAAUGGAUAAGUUAAAGAGUUUAUCAUGUGAUUCUUUACCUUCUUUAGGUAAUCUUAAAUUUUGUAAUUUCAAAGUACUGAGAAGUGUUGCCAGGAUAAUUAUAGGGAUAUCCUCUUAUAUAACCUUAAUUUAGAUUAUCAGUUAUUUUGUGUUUCCCAAUUUAUUACACUCAGUUUUUGUGUGCUGUCUUUCCCUAUCUUUGUCUGCAUAUACAUAAAUACAUACAUAUGAAACACUGGUAAUGUCUUAUCUAAUCAGACUUUAUUGACAUAGUUUACAAGCUAUGAAAGUCAUCAGUUGUGAGUGUAAAGAUGUAUUUAUUAUGGCAUCAUUACCACAAACAGGUUUUAGAACAUUUCUGUUGCCUCCCAUAAUUCUGUCAUGUUAUUUUGUGGGGAAUGUUUAUAGAGAGUCACUGUACAAUUUUAUUUUCUUAGCUAGGCAUGUAAGAGAGUUUCUCAUAUCCUUUAUAGUACUUCUUGAUAAUUUAUCAAUUGUCUUAGUUCAUUUUUACUUGUCACUGAGACAAAAUGCCUGAUGCUCAAAGUUAGAGGAGGAAAGAUUUAUUUCUUAUAGUUCUUGAAGGUUUUAGUCCAUACUCAGUUGGCUCCAAGGUAGGGUGGCAUGGUGGUGCCACCAUUCAUGGCUGCUGCAAACAGCAAGGUGUAAACCUGCAAGAGAGGCACAGCUUCCGGCAGAUACGUCAUGUCCUGGUUCCACCCCUAGGCAGAUGAAACACACCACCAAUCCAAGCUCUAGACAAUAAACCAACCACAAAACACUAGAUUUGGUUGCUUUCAUAAUUGUAUGAGGCUUGAGGGCCACUGACAUAAACCACGACAGCCAUGAAGUGUUAUGUCACACCACUCACUUCCAAAUUAGGGCCAUGCAAAUUCUGAUGUCACCAAAUUAAAUCUGCCGUUUAAUUUGCAUCUCUAGUGACGUUGAACACCUUUUCCUGAGCUUAUAACUUUGGAGAUGUAUCUGUUGGAAUCUUUUGUCCCCUGAUCAUAUAUUCUGAAUGAAAGUCCUUUAUUGGAUCUUUUUGUCCAGUCUGACUGCCAUGUCAGUGGGAUUUUCAGUUCAUCUAUAUUUUACUGGUUAUUUUGAGACGGUUGAAGCUGGCCUUGAACUCGCAGUGUAGCCCAGGAUUGGCUUCAAACUGUUGGCAGUCCUAUCUCUGUUGCUAUAAUCCUGGGGUUAUAGGCACGUGCCUACCACAACUAGCUCAUCUGCAGUAUUGAAAUACUCUACUAGUUUACUGAUUUUCUCAUCUCUAAAAAGGUUUCUCUCCUAUUGUCUUCAUCUUACUUUGUUUAAAUACUUUUUUUGGUACCAGCUCAGUUCUCAAUUUUUUUUUCUGUUUUGAGAGAGCAUGUUUUUUGUGUGGUUGCUGUAAACAUGACAGUGUACACCUUUUGUUUGGUUUUUUAGUUUGUGAGAUGGGGUCUUGCUGUGUAGUUCAGACUGGCCUCAAACUCAGUAUGUAGCCUAGGCUACAAACUCAGAGUGAUCCUCCUGCUUCAGCCUCCCAAGGCCUAGGAUUAUAGGCACACUCUCCAUGCCCAACUGACAGUAUACAUCUUAUCAUCAUAGUCUACUUCCAACUAACAAUUCUGAUAAAAUGUAGGAACUUCAUUCCACAAUAUGUCCAUGUACUGGUGUUAAUGUAUAUUGUAGCUAUACACAUUGCAAACUCAACAAUCUUAAGUCCUUAUUCUUCAUCUUGGAAAUGUUUGAUUAUGCCUUUUGUCUUUUAUUUUUCCUGGCAUUCUACCAAUGAGCUGCAUCCCAGCCCUUUUUUUUUACAAGGUUUCACUCUUGCCUCAAUGCCCCAUGUUCCUGGGAUUACAAAUUUGUGUCACUGCUUCCAGUUUGCCUUUUGUUUUUAAGAACAGAUUUUUCAGGAUAUAUGUUGUUGAAAAUUUUUUCUUUGAAUCUCUAAAUGUCAUCCCAGCAUACCCUGACUCUCAGUGAGAAGUCAGCUCUUAAAUAUUAUUAAUCUAUGUAUAUAGGUUUUGUUUGUUUUGUUUUUGGUUUCAGGAUUUUUUUUUUUUUACAUUUUAACAGUUUUUAGGUAUAGCUCUUUAUAAAUAGCUUGGUUUUGGAGCUUGUUUGAUGUGUAGAUUGUCUUUCAUCAGACAGGAGAUUCUUGGCUAUUCAAAUAUAUUUUCUGUCCUUUUGUUACUCUGUAAUCCCCCUUACACACAUGUAUUGGUACAAUUCGUGUUGUCCCUGGACUCCAGGACUCUUGUCUCUUUUUUUCCCUUCCAUUCUUUUUUCUGUAUUGAGUAAUUUCAGGGUUUGGUUGUUGUUGUUGUGUUUGUUUUGGUUUCACUGUCACAGAUUGUUCUUGUGCUAUCUCAGAUGUCUUGAAUAUUUGUUCAUAUUUUUCAGCUCCUAGUUUUUCUUUUGGGUCUUUCAUGGAAUUUUUUUUUCCUGAGUUAACAGUUUGUUUACUUCUAUGAACAUGACUUCCUUUUUUAAGAGUAAUGCUUCUUUCUUGAUAUCCCUUGUUAUCUUUUGUUCAGUUUCAAAUAGUAAGAUAUGGCAAACAUGUACAUUGCCCUACCAUUGUUCCUUUGAUUAGUAGGCCUCAACAGAAUCUGUGACUUCUGUCUCUAUUGCAUUGUGCAUAGCUGUUGGUAGCCUUGCUAAGUUUUUUUUUCAGUAUUGUUAUCUAAGCAUUAGCUGCUGUUUGCUUAGCUUAGUAGUUACAGACUGCUUAAACCUUUCCAUUUCUUGAGGCUCCUGCUUUCUGCUUUCUGCUGAUAGAUCUGUGUAUGAUCAAACAACUACAUUCAGUCUGUCUUGGCCUUUGAUUUUUUUUUUUUUUUUUUUUUUUGUACCAGAGAUCAAAUUCAUGACCUCAUGCUUGCUAGGCAGAUGCUUCCACUGCUGAGCUAAAUCCCCAGCCCUGGCCUUUGAUUUCUUUUGGGCAGUUUUGCUUCUGCCUUUGCAUAUGCUUGAGAGCUUUCUGUUCCCUGUGUCUGUGGUAUGUGUGAAGUGCUAACUGAGCUCCUGUGACUUUCUUACCUCCCAGAAAUUUCAGUUAAACACUUAUUUCAUCUCUCUCUCUUUUUUUUUUUUUAACCUCAACAGGACUAAAAACGUCAGGUUAAUAAACUAUUCAUCACUUAGGGCACAAAUUUAACUUCUAGUGCAUCAAAUUAAGUUCUUAGCAGAGAACAAACAUUAUUCAUUAAGAUCUACCUUCUCAUUGGUUAAACCAUUGACCUUACGGAGUUGCCAUAGGGUAGAAGCAGUCCUGGUGGGCAGGGAUAUGACAGACAUAAGUGUUUUUAACUGAGGCAUUAGCAAUUAUUAUGCAUAAAUGUCUUUUAUUGAGUUCCAAAGUGUUAAAAUCAAUUUGAUUUUUUUGUAAAGCUUUAUAUUUCGUAUCUUUUGAAAGGGGAAAAGGAUUCAUUACCUUUCUUGCUUUAUCACACUGAAAGUGAAUCUCCUCUGAUGAACAUUGAAAUUACAACUUUAAAACAGUUUAAUCAGUGGUCUUUAGAAGAAACUUGCAAAUUUCUUAAAAGCUGUCAUUCCAAACCAUCUGAAUAUCAGAAUGGUAUUACUGGAAAAGGGACAGAGCAGGAUGGCAAAAACGACUUCAUCAUUAUCCCCUGAAGAAACAUCUGUUAAACAAUUAUUUAUACAGGAAAUAAGUUUCACCUGAGUCAAGGAAGCCAGCUGAAUGUGCAGACCCUACUUGUGGCAUAAUAAAAGAUGCACUGAAGAGGAUAGGGUGGGUUUAUAGUACUUGGAGGACACUUGCCCCAAACCAAAGCAACAUAGCAUGGAGAGAUGCUGUCUGCCACAUGUGGGAAAGAAUUUAAGUAUACAGCACUCCUGGGAUCCAUAAUCACACUUGCCAAGGUGAAACUCAGUCCCCAAAGGACUCCCAAGGCCACUCAAUGACUGGUGGGCGCUAACCAAAAUGGAUUCUGUAGGGCCACUACUCUGUCAGAUGGGAAUGGUGAAAUAAACUAAUGUUCUAUUCUGCAUCACUACUGGCUAAUUGUAGUCUUGGUCUCAAUAACUUACAGCAACAGACAGACUUCAGCAGUCAGGUAAUUGGGUCCAGGUUGGUGGAGCAUCUGUGGUAGUAUUGGGCCCUGGCCUGGCCUGUGACCACCAGUCUCCUGCUUGGGUACAAUAAAACACAAAGUAUAUUUCUAUUUUAGUAAAAAGGGGCACUGGGAUGGUUGGAGCCCAGUAAGGACUAAGACCACAAGGCACAGAGUCCUUGGCCAUCAUUAAGUGUACAGCUUGAUUGAAGGUAAUGGGUAAUGAACAUAACGGCUUUGAGGUAAUGGGAAGGUAAUGGGAUUGAAGGUAAUGGCUCCAGGAAGCAGUGGGGGUGAGCUGUUGAUGCGGCCAACGUUCAAAAAUUGAGAAUGUGUUUUUGGAAGAGAACACAGGACCCGCUCAUAGUUGUAACUUGACUGCUAACUGACUACUGGGCUAGAGAGAAUUUUGGUGAGUCAGAGUCCACAGAUGCCAUUUCGUCUUGUUUUUGAGGCACUGGAACUUCAUGAAUUGUUCACUAGUCUCAGUUCUGGCCAUUGGUUUAAGGAUUAACCUGUCCAUAAGCCAGCCACAGUUCUCGCCACAAUUCACAUAGGUCUAUGACAGACUUGAUUUAUUCUUGUGCCAAUUUAUUAAUAUUGCUUACAUUAUAUCAAGCUGGUCCUCAGCAUGGCCAUUCUAGGUUUAGUUUGUCCUUUAGUGUUUUAGCAGCUAAAGUGGUCAUAGGUAUAGGAGUCAUAAGUAAUGAUCUUGCCUGGAACUUUUGGACAGUCUUACUGUUAAGUGACAUCCUCAGAUAAUGCUUGGCUACAAAGGCUAGAUAGAGACAUCAGUGUCCAACAGUGUCUAAAUACAAGGAUUAAAACAGUAACAGCACAAAGUACAGAAAAAAACAAACCAAAGAAGUGGAGAAAUCAUUCAAAAUACUGUACAGCUCUUUUCAAGGAAAUACUUUUAAAACAAUUCUAAGGUUUGGCAGAGCAGCUUAAUAGAGAAUGUCAGUAGAAUGCAUUGUCAAAGUGGAAGAAUUUGUGAACUCAAAAGCAAGUUACUUGAGAAUUAAAAGGAGAAGGAAGAAGAAAAGGAUACGAGAGGGAAGGAACUCUUCCUACGUCAUUGGCAGGAAUAUAAACUAGUACAACCACAAGGGAAAUCCAUGUAAAAGUUCCUCAAAAAACUAAAAACAAGGUUCUUCUGACCAGCUCUAAGCAUCUUCCCAAGAGUUAAAUCAUAUUACAGGGAUAAAUGCAUUCUUGUGUUUAUAGCAGCAUAAUUUAUGACAGAUAGGUCUUAGAAAUUCUGUCCAUUAACAAAUGGAUAAGCAAAGUGUAUUUGUACACAUACAGUUGCAUACUAUAGUGCCACAUCGACAAGUUUGAGGCAUUUGUAGGAAGUGGAUGCUACUUGGGAACAUAGUGUUGUAAAAUCAGACAUACAAGCUAAAACAUUGCAUGGUUUCUCUUGUAUGAGAAACACGGAAUAAAAGAAAUAAGUAGGAAACAGGGAGAAGUUAAAAUACCUCCAAAUUCCAUUUUAAAAAUAUUUCAAUAUCUCUAUGCUAGUUGGUUUUAUUUAGAGUUCAUUAGAAAGGAAAGCUUGUAUUAUCUUAGUAUCAGUUUGGAAGAAUCUUUGUUUUAUGUAGUCUGAGUUAACUACUUUGAAGAUAGUGGCACAUAGUAUAAUAUAUUUGAUGAUGAAAUUUUAUUUUUCUAUAAAUUGAGAGCAGUAGCAGUGGGAGGAAUUAUAUUCAAGGAGAGAAUGACAUGGAAGCACCAAGAUUGGAAAUAAUGGACAUCACUUAAAUGUUAUCUAAGAAUGGAAAAAAAAGAAUUGUAAGUAGAUGUUACCAAAUGAAGGUAACAUUUAAUUAUUGAAAAGCUAAAUGAAAGCUAUUUAUUUCCCUUUUUCCCUCUUAGUUUUUUUUUAUUCAGACAGCAUACUAACACAGACUCAUUUCAGCAUACUUCCCCACAUUAUAGUCAUUUAAAGUUACUGCUUCAUUAAUAAUGUUGAAAUGCUGUUUUAGUGGAAAUAAGAUCUUUUGCAUUAUAUGAGCCAAAUAAAUUUGUAUCGAAGAUUGGAUGCCAGUGGGCAAAGACAUGGCCUUGUUUUUCUCCUGCAGGUAGUGUGAAGUAAGAAGGAAAGAGUGGUCCUCUUCAUGAUGACAGUCUUUUGGGAGGGGAGACUUAAGUGUGAAGAUAUGAAAGUAUGGAGGCUUAAAUUCACUUAUCAAGUCCAUAUUCAAAGCAGAGGGAGAGGCAGGUCAGACACAACCCACAGAGGUUUCUGGAUUAUUUCUGCAGUUACUUUUGAGUGUUCAUUCGCUGGCUCUUCUGUCUCUGCAGACAAGUGUGUGGCACACUGACAGGGAACUAGUUUUCAUAUGAAGGUGUAAAACAGCUCAAGUUUGGGAUAUUUUCAGUCAUAAUCACCUUUUAAAAUGUAUAUUCUUGGGGAAGGGAGGGAAAGGAGUAAAAAAGAAUUAAGAUGUAUAUACAUACCAACUCCCCAUUGUGAAUAUGAUCACUUUGUAUUGUAAACCUGUACUAGUAACAAUACUCUUUUCUAAUAUACUUCUAUGUGGGAUGUUGAAAUUUGUGUUCACUAGAAAUGCUUUGAAGGAGGAAUAGAUAACUUGAAUAAAAGUGGUUUAAAUGGAUAGGAGUUUAUUACUGACUUUACUUCCCCACUGCAGCCCUGUUUUCUACAGUUGCAAGAUGUCAUGGGCUGAGUUUCUCCCAUCUCUACCCCAAAUCCAAAUUUUGAUGUCCUAAUACCUGGUACCUCAUAAUGUGAUAUUUUGACAUUUGGAGGCAGAAUCUUUCAUGAGAUCAUUAAGGUUACAGAGAUGGGCCCUAAUCCAGUGUGACUAGUGUCCAUUUAAGGAGGAGAGAUUAGGACACAGACACAGAAGAAUAUGAAGACAGGGAGAAACUGGCCAUCUAUAAGCCGAGGAGAAAGGACUCAGGAGAAGCCAACCCCUCCAAUACUUUGACCUUGGACUUGUAGUCCCCCAAAUUUCAACAUAAGGUACUUGUGUUUAUUCAGCUUCUGGAGGGUAUUUAUGUUAGUUUUAGCAAAUCAGUAUAGAGGGCCACUUCUCAAAAGAGAUAUUUGAUCUCAGAGACUUGGAAUACUGUUCAGACAUGAUCCUCACAACUUGUGAAAUGGUCAAAUAUGAUGAAAGUUCAUUGUUGAAAUAACUGUUCAAUUUGACCUAUUAUUUAAACCAGAAGUUUCAGAUAGAUUAAUAAAUGUAGUAAAGAAGCCAGCUCAAAAAAAAAAAUAAACUUUAAAAAUAAUUUGGGGACUAUCCAUAUGUAUAAAAAUAAAAAACCUGUAAGGAAAAAUUGUCAGUAUAAAACUUAACAACAUACAUGCAAUGAAGAUAUCAUUACAAAUUCCAGUGAUGUUACCAGACAAGGAUGUAUCUGCUUGUAAUUCCAGCUACUUUGCUGACUGAAGCAGGAAAACUGCAAGUUAAAGGCCAGCCUCUUCAACUUAGACCCUGUGCAAAAUUUUUUUAAAAUACUGGAGGGUCUUUCAUGGAUGUGCUACCAUGCCCUAGUGACUAAAUCAUCUCCCCUUCACUAUGAGUUUCACUUUUUAGCGCCGCAGGAGCUGCUCCUAACAAGCCCAUGGUCUCAGUUUCUCUUAACCCUAGCCAUAGUAUGGUACUUGCAUUGCAUCACCUGAGAUGUCCUGCGCCUCUGGGGACCCCCUGCCUAUGCAGACUGUGUCCCUGCUGCCAGAAGCCUCUAACCAUCCCUUCUCAGUGCUUCCCCUUCUCCGCAUAAAAUGGACUGGUUCUAUCCCCUUACCUCCUCUUUUCUCUGGGCCCUGUAGCACCCUACUGAUACCCAGUCACUGCCCUGCCAGGGUGCACAUGUGGGACGAUGUUCUCUCCCUUGUGCACAGCUCAUCACAUCAUCUUCAAAUGAACCCCGAGUUCAUCCUUAUGGGGCGGGGUGAGGCUUCGCCUCACCUUGGUCCACACAAGGUCAUCCCUAAAUCCAGGGAAAUCCCUAACACCAGGAAAUGUCUGAAGGCAGAGCCUGUCCCUGUUGGCUCAACCCAGAGGCUCACAAUAUUUCCUGGUGUCACAGCUAAGGGCUGAGAGGGCUGUGCUGGCCAACAAGCCUGGCUCACAGUGUGCCCAUCUGCAUGGGGACAAGUCCAGGGCAGGGCCCCCACACUGGUCCUGUGUCACAAGCUCCCAGUACUUUCCCAUUAUCCACGGAGAAGGGACCUUGAGGGAACAAAGCAGAACACAGGUCUCUCAGGAGGCCUUUCCAGGACUCAAAAGUCUACUUGAUUUAGUAGACUUUCUUACCUUUCACUACUGAAGAAAACUUGUCUCUGGUUUGAUCUUUCCCCCUCAAACCUCCUAACACAUUCCAAUGAUCAGAUGAAGCAUAAUUCAUAGAAAUUAAAGUUUCAGCAUUUAAUUUCUGUUAUAUGAGAAACCUAAAGCAUAAACAUAAAGAGAUAGAGUUAUGUAUGAAGCAAAAAGGUAAACAUUUUGAAGAUGAAAAAGGGGUCAGGGUAGGAAAAGGGAAGGAAAGGCAAAUGGGUCAGAAAUGAUCAAGACAUGGUAGAUCUAUAUACCAGUCCCCCAAAACGAGGGUGACGAUGAUGUAUUGCAAACAUAUGCUGAUAAACAGAAAGUGGUAUGUAUAAGACAGAGGCCAUUUGAAAAUUAACGGUAUUCUUUUAAAGUAUAAAAAGUCACUGAGUUGUGCUUGCUAAAACAAGUGUUUACUGAGUGCCUGAUAUACUAGGUACUGCUGGGGGCUGUUGCGGGUGUAUACACAGAAACUCCCAAUACUGUUCCUUGGAAACUAAUCAGAGCAUAGCACACUCACCAGGAAAGGGGUAACAGGAACACCAAGAUGCCCAGGUUUCUAGUGGUAUAACCAUUCUACUAAAAACUUCGAGGAAAAACUAAAGAAAGGUAUAUUUGACCUUGAUUUGCAGACUUAUUUUUUCAGUCACCUUUCAUUCACUGUUCUUUACUUAACACCACUUACGGUGCAUAUAUCCCUCAUCUUCCUUGUGACUCCAAGCCUGAUUCAUUUCUAAGUGGUAGACAGUUCCAGGGAAAAUUUCAGAAUAAUGUCCUUUAAGGAACUGAGAGGUAUCUAUAUCAUCCAAGUUAAUUUGGUAACAGAAAAAAGUCGCCUAAUUUCUGGAAUAUUAACUCUGUAAAACUCAGUUUCCUAUGAAAUUAUUUACACCAGUGAUUUUUAACUAAACCUAGCAGUAACCUUCAACCAUGUCAGCUUCUUAAUUCUACUCUGAAAUCCAGGCAAGAAUAAAUUUUUGCCAACUACUGUGAAGAGGGCCAGGUACACAGGCAAAGUGCUUGAUGCUAGAUCCAGGACUAACAUGAAAAAAAGAAUUCAGGGAAAGAGUCACAAGUCCCUUCUAUUUUCAUGCACUGCAGACCACAAGUUCUUUAGCACAUCAGAUUUCCUUGUGCCUUUUUUUGUUCAUACAAACAAAAUACAAUCAACCAUAAUAUGAACUACCUGCAAGCAUAAUAUGAACUAUGAAUUAUUUCUGAUAGAUUUCUAAUGAAUUGAUUUCUGAUAGAUUUCUAAUGAAUUGAUCUGGUUUGCCUUCACACAAUUCUGAUUUACCACAUUUAAAGUGGCAUUUCUAAAAGGUAAAAGAAACUGCCUAGAUUUUCUCAUGGCUUUGGAUAAAAUUCCUGAUAUUCCAAGGGCUUUGACAACUGUACUGUCUCUCAUGGCCCCUCCACAUCGCCCAUUCACUGGCGUCCUUUGAUCAAAGUGUGCCAUUUUCUAAAGUCUCUCCUAGACUCUUUUCCAUUAUGUUGUAACAUAAUGGCUCAGCAGCUACUCAGACACAUCCUCCCCUGUCCCACGCCAGCUAGGACCUGAACUGGUGUCUUAGCUCUCCCUGUGAAUUCCUUCCUCUGAAAUGCCUUUCUCAACUUCUCUCAUAGAAGUGAAUUAAGUGUUUCUAUGCUAUAUUCCAUCACACUCUAGGCACACAUUUUCACAAUAUUAAUUGCCUCAUUUAUUGCCUGUCUUUUCUCCUUGAAGAUUUGUAUGUCAGAGCUUAACAAAAACUAAGCAUAUAUUAAGCAUUGUAUAAGCAACAAACUAAUAAGUCAUAGAAUAUUAUAUUUUAUAUUAGGCAUUAUAGACUUUCUAACAUAACCUUUGUUUUGUUUUGUUUUGUGUUUGUUUUUGUUUUUUGAGAUGGUGUCUCACCAUGAAGGUUUUAGGCUGGCCUUGAGCUCACUUUGUAGCCCAGGCUGGUCUCAAGCUUGCAGUGAUCCUCCUGAGUGCUGAGAUUACAGGCAUGUUUCUUUCUUUCUGUCUUGUUUUGGUUUUUGGUACUAGUGAUCAAACUCAUGAUCUCGAGCUUGCCAGGCAGGCACUUGUGCCGCCAAGCUAAAUCCCUGGCCCAACCUUCUUUUACAGAUACUGAAAUCUUUUAAAAUGAAGAUGCUUUUCCAAAAAUGAUUUCAUGAAGUCUAAAACUGUUCAAUUUUUAUUUGCUUCUUCUAUUAAAUACUCAAAAAUACCUUGUUUCUAUGCUACUCUUUCUUUCGUGUUGUGACACUGCCCUACAUUUUCUUCAUAACACAUACAUACAUAUUUCUUUAUUUGAAGGACAAAGAUGACACUUAAGCUGAUCUUUCUGGUCUCAGACUUCUAAGGAGUGUUUCUGCUUUCAUUUAGUUCACAUUGAUCGUUUCUCUUGCACGUGUGUCCACAAGAAGAGCUGUCAGUAUUUAUUUUCAGAAGACAAUAGGUUUCUUAAAAGAAGGAAAAUGAAACUACAGGGCUGUCUUGAGCUAGAUUACAAUCUGUCCACCAUGACAAAAUGAUGUAUUUUCUAACUAUGUGCCCAGCCUUUUAAAAACAAAGACUGCUUUUACUGUGCUAAAUUAAAAAUCGAUCGUAAAACUUCUAAGAACUUCUCAUGAAAUUCCAAAGAAAACAGAAUCGGUAUGUUUCUUGUAUUCUUGAUGAAGCAAAUGACAAGACAGAAUUUGAUGUGCAAGUAAUUUACUAAAGAAAAAUGUCUAUGAUGAAAGUGGAAACUAAGUGGAAAGGAGGCUAGGAGAAUAGUCAGACUAGUGUAAGGAUCUGAUUUUGUGCAGAAAAGAGGAAAGAAAGUAAACUUAGAUCCUAGACUGCUGUGAAGUUAUAAGGAUCUCUCCAAGCCAGGGGGAAGCCUCUGAGUCCAUGUCAGCAUUACUAAAGGACUAAGCUUCCAGUAGCUGGCUUGCCUUGCUAUCCUCGCUGUGCUCAAUGACUGCUUGGGAGUAGUGGGUAAAAUGUGUGGCCUCAGCCUAACCACACGCUGCAUUUGAGAGCCUGAACAGCAAUCAUGGUUCCGUGGUCAGACCAUAGGACUAUAUGCACAUGGCUGCCACAGCGUGUGUUACAUUAUAUGACAUAUGUCCUCGAGGGAUUGCUUUUGUGUCCAAAGUAAUACGCUUUUCCCAUAUUUGGCAUUUCUUUUUGAAGACAGGCUUUUAAAAACAGUUGGAGCUACAGAGACUGGAAAAUUUUCUCAUGUAUUAAAUACAGAAAACCUUGUGAUUUUUAUUCCUAUCCUUUGAGCUAUCCUUUUUCCAAUACCACCAGUAUGUAGUAUCAGCAAUAAAGGCAAUUCAAGGAAACAGUAGGAAAAAGGUGGCUUCUGCAUAUUGUGUCCAUAUCUAUAUUUAUUUUCCAUAUCUAUACCUAAUACAUAUGUUCUCAUCAUUUUAUGUAAACUAAUUUUAAAAACCACUAAUGAAAAGAUGAGAUGCAAUGUUGAUUUCAUAAACAAAAUGAACAUAUUUAAAAAUUUUUACUGAGUUCAAAAUUAAAAACUUAAAGUUUUGUGUGAAACAUAUUUUACAGUGUGACCCCAUUUUAAUGAAGCUUUUCUCUUUAAUCACACUAUCACAUAAAGCGUGAAUCAGGCCUAAAGAGGCCCAGGUUGUCUAUGCAUCUGCAUAGUGGUAUGGUUUUCUAGCAAGUACAUAAUCUUUAAAGUUUUCUGAUAAAACUACAUGUGACUUUAUAAAACACACCUAAAUUUUAAAUGCUACAUGUAAAUAUUACUGUUAUUGAUAGUAUACAAUAUAAAAGGUAGUGACACUAAAACCCCUUAUUGGCUUUAUAGAAGAAGGAAUUAUGAAAACUGAUAGAACUGUGGGGGACCAGUGGUGGCUGAAAAGAUAAGAAGUAUGAAAUAUAAAUGAGCUUUAAUUUGAGAAUGCGGGGAGAAUCAUCCCCGAUCCCCUGAGCACGGCAUCUCCACCCUGGGCUCAGCGAUCUCUCUGUGGAACACGUGGAAUGGGGGCCUAUAGGUAGCUUAGGUUAGGGGUGGUGCCUGAGAGGGCAUUAGGGAUGCACAGGUAGCCCAUUGGCACUAGUUUGGCGCCAGAGGUAGAUUUCUAGGGGUGGGGGAGAUAGAGCCCCUUGGCUUUACCAGCUACAGUGUCCUGUCUGGGCCGAAACUCUUUUAUAUCCCAUCUUAUGAUUAUUAUUAUGAAAAGGGGCAAAGAUUUUUCUCUUUAUAUGCUUCCUGCUGGCAGAGGGCGCUGUACUGGGGUCUAGGGGAAUUGACGGGAUGAUGGUUGAUGCCCAGGUAGAAGCUGGUGCCAGGUGUUUUAGCCACGACAACUUCACUGGUGAAUGCACGUAUGUUAGACUGGAAAAACAAAGAGAAAAGAUGUUAUGAGGAGACAUGGCACUGUCAUAUUUAAGGACCCAGGUGAGGUAAAAAGAAAGGUGCCUUUGAUUUAGACAUGUCAUUAUAUCAGGAGGAUGUUGAGGUAGAAACAUUUCCAUGGGAAGGCAGAAUUCUGAAAAUUAAAUGUGGGGUUACAAAUAAAUGUGGGGUUACGAGGAGUGAAGUUACGAGAGGUGAUUAUUCCCCCAUCUGAAAGGGUAAAAGUUAAAAGGGUAGGUAGGUAAGGCUUGUCUCUGGUAUGCAUGACAUUGGAGUCUUUAGGAAAUACUGUUACGAGUCCUGCUGUAAAAAUGAUCAUUAAUAGAACGUAAGAAAUUAGGAACCAAAGUGUAUCCAUGACUUAGCCUGAGAGUCGUGGCUGUGAGGCCUUGGUAAGGCAGAGACGAGUAGGAAAAGGAUGGUUAGAUCUAGGGCUAGAAGGACACCACUUAGCCUGAGUGAUGUGGAACCAGAAUGACAGACUAGCAACUUUGAUCACUGUUGAGGUUGCCAAGAAUAUCAGGUAUGGGUCGCUGUAACCUGGUUGUAGUCCUUGGAAUGAUUUGCUGUAACAGGACUUUAGCAAGUAUAUCAACAGUCUCCCUGGUUGUGGGAAAGGCUUUCAUGUAUCCUGAAAAAGUAUAAACAAAAUGAGAAGACAAAAUUUAUCUGCCAGUCUUGAUCAGGGUUACCUGAGAAAUUGGUGAAUAAGAAAGGAAGGGGGUGGUCUUAUAUCACUGAGGAGAGGUUUACUAGUGAUAACAGGUGUAAGCUGUUGAGGCCUCAGUAUGUCUAAGUCAGCCUGUAUAAACACAAGAGAAUAAAAGGCAUUUUAAGGUUUAGGACUAAAGAGUGAGUGAUGGAGGGAAGAUUUGGCACCAUUGGGUGGACUGGGAAGAAGCAGUCUGGGGACCUGCAUGAAAUACGUCCUGUUUAUAAAUGGCAUAGGUUGACCACCAGUACCCGAUCAUAGAGAUUGAGGACUUACUAUAGCAGCUUGAAAGCUCAGGAAGAAUUCUGUACAUAUGGCUUCUAUGUUCACAAGUAUAGAGAAUGUCUUACCUGAGACUUUUAGUGAGACUUGGACUCUGAGACAGACACCCAUAAAAGGGGCUGCUGGCCCUGAGCCCCGUCAGUCUUCAGCAGCAAGUUUCUGUCAGCGACAAUUCUGGCAGUGUUGACAUUUCCUGUGAGGGCUGGAAGUUAGGAUGGUUUAUCCACUCUCUGGUGGCUAGGACAGUCCAGUAGCCCUGGAGUAAGGUCUCAAAGAAUGCCAGGAUGGGGCACUCUCUUGCCCAAUGUCUUCUGCUGCAUUUGAGCAUGGUCCAUGGGGGGGGGGGGCAGGCAGCUCCACCUUGUGUAAGUUUACCUGUCUCAGAACUCCAAGUGUCACUAGUGUUCUUUCUGUUGUUGAAAAUAUGAAAAGCCAUAUUAAGAAGGUCUCUGUGGAGAUUGAAGCUCAAGUUUUGCCUUUUUGUUUGGGAUCUGGACUACAGAGGAAGGUAUCUGUAGAAUUAAGUAAGUAUGCUGGAGUCAACAGGGUAUUUAUAACUUUAGAAAUGACUUCCCAUAAGGAGGACAAGGUCCAGAGAACUUUAGGAACUACUGACAUGUUAUUUAUGUCAUAUAUAUGUAUCUCUUUAUGGUAUUAAAAUGUCUAAUGCCAUCUGAUUUUUAGAUGGCCUGUUUAUUAAUUUUUAUUCUUUUAUUUAGGAGAGAAAUCAGGUACGGUGUUAUAUAGGCUGGGAAAAGGUUUAAGUUUGACUUCUGCUGCAGUGCUGGCCCCACUGCCCUCUUUGAGUGGCCUGUAAUGUAAACAUGGUUUUGUCAUUUCAGAUCAGAGAGCAGGCUUUAUCUGGAUGGCACACCGCUUUUUUUCUAGGAUGCCGUGUGGAAUUACAUACUUAACAAAAAAGGCUUCAGUCUGCCCUCACCUUUUGAAGUAUAAUCUCAUUUUAAUGGAAACAUUUUGCAGUAAAGGUUCACCAACCUUAUGAAUAAAUCUACCAAAACUGAUCUAAUAUUGUCAAAUUCUGAACACAUUUACUUCUUUUCAAACCUGUUAUUUGCAGUACUACAACCAUAACAAAUAAAAUUCACAUCCUCUUGAGCUUUCUACAACUUACUAUAUACCCUCACGUUGAGCUUGUCCUAUCUUCUUUCACAUUCUGGCAUAGCCAAACAUUUUUACUUGAAAACAAAACCACUUUCUUUAUUCACAUCCUCUCGAGCUUUCUACAACUUACUAUAUACCCUGAAGUUGAGCUUUUUCUCUCGCUUCUCAGACAUUAAAACUUUCAACAAAACCCUUGAAUUGAUUUUCUUUCAGUAAUCUAAAAUAUAUUGAAUCAUUUUAUGUGUUUUCACCACCUUCCUUGUUUUGGAGAAGAGCUAAGGCUGUGAUUGAUAAACAAGGCUGGUAAAAUUACCAGGUGGCCAUUUUUUACGUUUAUCAGCCAAAGUCUCAUAUAUUGCUGGCUUAUUUAACUUUGAUUAAAUUGUUUGAAAAUUGUAAAAAAAAAAAAAAAUAGCAUGUCUGAGCGGAGCUGCCGAGCUGCUGUUUAUCUGUGUUUGUGUUCUGCCCAACGUGGGGGCAGGGGGAGCAUCAGGAAGUAGCAUGCCAGGUGGACUAGGACUGCCCCCAAAAACACACAAGGCGGCGGCGAUGGUGACAGCGAGGUGGCAAGUGGCAGCAGUGGCGGGCGGGGCUGGGAGGUGGCCUGAUGCAGCAUGAAGCUGGGACUUUAUACACUGGAACCUUGUCCGAAGGGCACCGCUCAAAGCUGGAACUGCUCGUGGGGUGUGCGGAUUAGGGCGUGGCAUUAAAGCCAAACUGCAUAGACCUGGUCGCAUGAGAGCCGAGACACUGUGUGGAGCCUGGAGCCGGGAGGUGGAGCAAAAGUCCAAAGCAGCCCAAAGCAGCCCUGCGUACCCCUCAACACUGCCCAGGCUCGCACCCCCACCCCAGAAGGGAAUGGGCUGACGCGCACAAUGGGCGUGGCAGGGGGAACCGAAGCAGCAAGGAGACAAAGAGAUGCUGAGAAAGCUCUGAAAGGAAAGAUGCUGUUAUCUCUUUAAGUGUGGGGAGGAGGAGGGAUCCUGGAGGAGCAGGAAAGGACACACAUUCCCAAAACAAAGGCUUAAAGGCUUAAAGGCUUAAAGACAGAGAGUUUUGUAAACUUGUCAUCAGUAUGAUAAGCCAUAGAUAGGUAUGGUUCUUGGGGGGGGGCAGGAAGUGGUCCCCAAGAUAGAAUCUGGGAAUCUGGUGUGGGGUCUAAGCCCACCGAGUUAUAAUCAGAUGAGGCAACGGACCGUGGUCUGUCAAGUUUAAAGUCAUCACUUUGCACUCCAGACCUAUCGGUUAUUACAUGGCUCCAAAACUCCUAAUAAUUGGCCAUCACCAAUAUUAUGAGUGGACUUCCACAUGGGUUCAAUAACAUCUCUGCCCGUGAGAACUUAAAAAGCUCUGAAGGACGUGAGAGUCUCUCAGUGUGGGCUGGUCAAGGAAAACUCUGCUUUGGGGAAUCCGAACCCAAAGGAUGUGAGAGUCUCCAAGUGUGGACACAGGUUGCCCAGAAAAACCCUGCCUUGGGCUGUCUUAAGGUGUGAGAGCAUCACGGGAACCCACGGAAAGGAGGAGAAAACCCACCUGGGGCCUGGCCAAGUGGCAAUCUCCGGGAGUUGCUUACCUGUGGUAAACUGGGUCGGUGUUGUUUGCGAACUGGCAGCAACAAAUUUACAGCUCCUGAGUGUAGAAGUGAGGAAUUAAUGCAGGAUGCAGUCCGGUUCUGGUCCUGAAUGGCAGGGAACUCAAACUGGGAGAAAGCCCAGGAGUCUCUCAUCUGCUGUUCCCACUCAGGGAACCAUAUGAUAGAACUGUGGGGGACCAGCAGUGGUUGAAAUGAUAAGUAUGAAAUGUAAAUGAUCUUUAUUUUGAGAAUGCAGGGAGAGAUAUGCCCGAUCCCCUGGGGUGGGGUAUGUCCACCCCAGGGUUGCUGAUCUCUCUGUGGAACACAUGGAGUGGGGGCCUAUAUGUAGCAUAGGUUAGGGGUGGUGCCUGAGAGGGCAUUAGGGAUGCACAGGUAAGCCCAUUGGCACUAGUUUGGCGCCAGAGGUAGAUUCCUAGGGGUGGGGGAGAUAGAGCCCCUUGGCUUUACCAGCUACAGUGUCCUGUCUGGGCCAAACUCUUUCAAAAAACAUGUUUGCAUUGUACAAUUUAUGGUUGGUUUUAAGAUUCCUCAGUGUUUGCAAAUUAUGUGUUAUUUCUGUCCUUUUACGUUACUUUCUGUAUCAGGGACCUGGCCUAGAUCCUCAGUAUUUGAAAUACGUGUACAGCAAAAGCUUAAAUACAUGAGGUAAAUGGUAUGAUUCUAGGGCUCAGGAGGAUCAAAACCCUCUAUGGAAUUCAGGGACUCUGGUGCUUAAGACAGGGAAUGCCUCUGGAUUGCCUGUAUUUACGAGGUUGAAAUAGAAAAUACAGGAAAUUGAACAGACCUUAGGAGUGGCUCAAGGACUUUGCAAGUAACCAAUUAUGUUAACAAGGAGAAGUAUCUUAGGAGAAGAUCCUCAUGUUGCAUUUCACUACAGGGGUGAAAUUCCGGUGGCCACAGUCUUUAGUUCAUUGGAAUUGGAGCCAGGUGUCCUCUGCCCUUAUUUUCCUUCCAGCCAUGUGUUCAAUUUCCAGUUUCAAUGGCUCCCAACAUAUUCCUCCUUUUUGUUUAGUUUUCACACAAGAUAGGUGGUAGGCUGAAGCUUGAAGAAGCUGUGUUAGGAGAACUCUCACAGUUUAAAUCCUGUACAGUCCAUCAGUCUAUAAAAAUAAUCAGUUACAGUGUAGCCAGCAAUUGUCAGAAGGUGUUAGUGAUUUGAGCCUUCUUAAAGCUGACGUUUUACGAUGUCACUGCAUUAUAGCUUUUUUUUUUUUAAGAGAAAAAAAGCAGAACAGACAAAGGGUAGAGCUAAUACAGAAUUUAAAAAAUAACAGUAAGAAAUGACUAGUCAAAAAUAACAGUAAGAAAUCACUAGUUGAUAACUUACAUAUUGUUAUCCUAGAAGUAGUUGUUCAGGUUACAAAAUCAAAGCAUAAAAAAUGGACAAUCAAUCAAUGACAGUACAAACUAUUCUGUUUGAUGAACUAACAAAAACUUACUAAUAUGGCUACCUAUCUUGCAGACUUAUACAUACAGUUACAUCCUUUAAAGCACUUUCUUUCUCUUCCAUUAUUACAAUGUCGAUUUUGGAUCAUACUGCUGUUUCAGAUUUUUAUCACUUUGGAUCUUUUUACUCUCAGUUUUUUAUUGCUUUUUUAUACUAGAGUGUGGGAGAUAACUCCAGUGACUCCCUUUGAAUCCAAAACAAUUACUGUGACUUUGAUUAUUUGGAGACUCAUUUCCUUGUGUGCUUUUUAUAUGUAAAAAGCUGGCUAGGGUAUUUCCUUCUCUCUUCAGUUGGCUCUAAGCAUUGCAGUUAAGAGUAGCAGAGGUCUCUAUAGCCAACAGACAGUCCUGUUUCCUAGCAUAGUGUUCUCUGUGUACAGGAUUAAGCAAGGGAGACGUUAGAGCAAAUAGCUUUGGGAAUGUCAGCUGGGUACUAGCCUCAAGAUAAGAAGAUAUGACUCCUCAGGGCACAAGAGUUUGCAUAUCAGAAACCAAAGCAGUAGCCAGCCAAAACAGUUCCAUUGCUAUCCUAGUUGGAUUAUUUAAAUUGAUCCUUCUGUGUAUCUUUAUGUCUUCAAUUUGCAGAGAUGUCCAUCUUGCACCUGGCCAGUCAGCUCAAGUUACAUAAUUCCCCACCAUCUUCACUGUCACUCAUCCCUGAGCCACCCCUCUUCUGGACAAGUUAAUAACUUCUGGGGGAGGCCUGGGAUCAAGGUCUUUGUCCACAUGUUCUCAUGGGGAUUGGAUUUAGGACCCCUUGGCUGCCCUUAAUUUGGAAUAUGUCUUGGUGUUUUUACUCUCACCGUGCAUUGCAUUGGUGGUGGGAGAUUAGAAUUGACUUACUGGGAUUCCAAUAAGGUUUCAGUGGGAUUACAAAUACAACUUUAGGGAUCGGGAGGAAAACUAGAAAGAGGAUUACAGUACUAGGAUGACUGAACUCGAUAUAUGGCUUUACAAUACUAGAGAGAAUAUGCUUUGAUGCAGGGGACAAACUUCUUGAAAGACAAAAAGGAUCCAAGUUUCUGGGCCUGUGCCUCAUUUGCAUGGAAGACACUGAAUUGGUUAGAACUUUCCCAGUACCUGCAGGCUUGAAUAGCUUCACUGCUGAAUUUUAACCAGCACUGAAGGUAGAAAUAGUAUCAGUUUUACACAUUGUCAUAAGAAUUUGAAUAGAAAAAUUUCUCAACUUAUGAGGUCACUGUUGUGAUUAUUCAGAACGGACACAAGUAUCACAGAGAUAAUCUACACAUCAAUACCCUUGAAAAGAACAGAUAACAAUAUUCUUAAAACUUAAACAAUGGAGAGAAAGGCUUGUUGGUUCACCACACCUCUUAGAGCAUCACUGAAAAACACUAACUAAAGAGAUUUCCACAGUAGUGACAGUGAAUUAUCAUCUGAAUUAUUCAAGGUGAUAAAAAUUUAGAUUACACAAAAUGAUCAGUGAAUUUACAAAAUACACUACUACAAAGCUACCUGAGCUUAAAAAAAAAAAAAAAAAGAUACACAACAUAAAUGAGUGACUUAGCAAAGAAUUUGAGUCCAUAAAUGGUACCAAACAGAAAUCCAGGAGAUUUAAAUUUGUAUCCAAAGUGUGGCAACAGAAAUGAUCACAAAGACAGAGCACUGGAGUUAGAAGAUCAUUUGGCUGUAUUUGGGCUGGUGUCAGUGCCCAAAUACUCAGGGACACCUUACAAAAUUGCAACAUGGACAGUAGAUCCAACAGCUAUUAGACGGUGCACAGACAACUAACUAGAAUAAGUGAAAAACCACAAGACAGCACAUAUGGCAUAAAAAUGUGACAGAAAUAAUAGCAGAAAACUUUCUGAAUAUGGGGAAGUAACCUGACAUGCAGAUAAGAAAGACAGAUGAAACCCCAAGUAGCCACAAUCAGAAAAGGAUCUCCCCAUGACAUAUGACAGUCAAUACCUGGGAAGUCCAAGGUGAGAACAGAAUCUUAUAACCUCAUAAAGAAAAGCAAGGAAUCACUUAUAAAUGUAAAACCAUUAGAAAUACAGCACACUUCUCAACACAAACCAUUAAGACCAGGAGAGCUUGGAGUGAGGUAUUUCAACACAUAAAAGAAAGCAACAUCCAACCCAGGUGAUAUAUCCUACAAAACUCUUUCAAAACCACUCUGCAGGACUUCAGGGCAACCACUUCCCUCGCUGGAGCCCAGCCAGUCCUGUCUGAAACACACUGUGGAUGGCCUGGCUGCAAGGCCUCUCUAGCUUCCCUGGCCUUGAAACUGUCAGAUUGUUGGACACUGUUAGUGUAGAAACAGGAGAAGUGACUGGGAGGCCCUGGCUUAGAGGAGCAGUGAUCUCAGUGCCCAGGGAUUUCCCUGAACUCCCAGAGGACGAGCAGGAGUUCUCCCAGGGCCUGGCACAUGUAUGACCGUCUUGAUGUUCACCUCAGAGACAGAAUACUGAACUCCAGUUGCAGGAGGUGUGUUGCCUCCCAGGAUUUGGCAACUGUAGAUAGAGAGCUUGUCUGCAUGGCAGGAUGUAGGUGAAACCUCCAGAGGAGUCUUCAAGGUUAGAUGAUGACACUGUGAACAGCAUCCCUGCAAACUUUCCUGGUCUUGACUAUUUCAGGAGCAUAACACUAACUUUGUCAUAAAGGUGCAGAAACAUAGGUUUACCAGACACACACUCAUUCUUUAGAAUAUUUCUAUUGAUGAGUUAUUAACUUUACUUUUAUAAGUGUUGUUAUAUUACACAGUGGCUUACCAGGAAAAAAAACAAAAAAAUAUAAAGUAUUGAAUUUUUAAUAUUUAUUGAGUGUUUAUAAUAAAGCAUCAAAAUUUAAAACAUCAACAAUUUUUUGGCAUAAAGUCUACAAAAAAUAACAAAAAUAUUCCUAUACAAAUUACACUGAAAAUACCAACAGCAAUUUACAAAAAAGUAAUCUUCACUUCAAUUAUCACAUCUAAAUCAGUCUGUGCACAUGACCACAGCGUAUUCCAUAGACACAUAAUACUCACACUGGGAGCACAUGUUUUGCUGUCCUACUCUUUUUGUAGGAUGUACUUGAUAUCUCAAUGGUUUUGCUGUUUUGUCAAGGUUAUUGUGCUAUAGAGUGUGUAGCCAACAGGAACAUAAAAUAUCAAAAGAAGUUCUUAAAUUCUUACUGUGUGUUGUGCCUUUAGAAUACACAUCAAUGGGGCUGGGGGUUUAGCUCAGCACCAUAAGCACCUGCCUUGCAAGUAGGCAGUCGUGAGUUCAAUCCCCGGUACCGAUAAAAAAAUGAAAAAGACAAAAAAAAAAAAAAAAGAAUACACAUCAAUAUAUUUUCACAUCAAAGAUAACAUCAAAAAUAGAAACCUAUGUGAACUGCAAUGUAAACAGAAACAAAAAUCUACCACAUAAAUAAGCUUUGCUUCAACUGUCAUAUCCAAAGCAGUCUUUGCACUUGUCAUACCCAAGGCAGUCUUGCAUGUUCCAUACACGAGGGACACUUCCACUGAUAGCAUGUUUUGUUUUCCUGUAUUUUCUUGUAGGACACAGUUGAGAUCUUUUUGUUUUCCUCUUAUCAUCGUGGAUCUAGGAAUCUGUGUGUGCCUAUUCACCUGUCAGCUCACCAGUGCACUCCACAGUACUUCACAUAAUUCACUGACAAGAAAAGCUGGAUUUUUCUCUGCUGUAAAUAAUCUCAUAUGAACUGUAGUCCCAAACCAUAAGAACAUUUCUGUUCAUAACAUCAUCUGGUUUAUUAUUCUAUGAAUAAACACCUUGUGGCUAAGUUCAAGCUAAAUGUCUAAAUUGAAAGCAUAAAAAGUCCUCACAUGCACAAGGGCAUGCAUUAUGCCAGAGUUGACCCAUCAUUUUCCAUGAGGCCUUUACAUUCCUGCAAUCACUAUGAGAAAUCCCUCCUAAGCACACAGAUCCAUAAAUGCUUUCAGUUCAGCACCAUGUCAUAAAACAUUUUUGAAUAUGGCUAAUGGUGCAUAGAGAACACUUUACUUGAAUUUUAACCUCUGUAUAUUUCACAGAAUCUUGUAACAUUUCAUGUGUUAAAAUUUCCAACUUUGAAUAGCAGUAUCAGCAUUCGUCCAAUACAUUUCACUCUUGCCAAGUCCCUCACUAUAUUUUUGGACUUAGUAUUAACAUUAGAUCAUUUCAUUUGGUUAUGUGGCCAUUUUGCAACAUUUUCACUAGUCAAAUAUGUAUUCACAUUGUUUUGUCAUCUUAACAAAGGAGGUCAGUAUCAGUAUCAGUUGAUCUUUGCUCCACUUCACUGUCCCAGGAAGUUUGACUCACAUGGCCAAUUUCAAAGUCCUCUCCCUCCUCUUCAUCGACAUCCAUCCAUCCACAACACUCUUCUGUUAUGAAAGUGUUUUGUCAUAAUGGAUCAUCUUCAUCACUCAUGCAUGAGUAAUCUGACGAUUCAUUCACUUGUGACCUCCUCCAAGAUAUAGUUUUCACAUGCCAUUGUACAGAACUGGGCUAUUUCCACCAGAAAAAUCAAAAGAAAGCUUUUAAAAAGACAAAUCCUGGAGUAAUGGGAGAUUAUUGAACCCUCUUUGAUGCUUGAAUAAACACACAAAAGCAGUUAGAUGGAGCACAACGUGGGUGAAAAUCCCAUUUUGAGACUUUUCCACUUGCUCACCCACUUCAUUGUUUGACACAGCAAGUUGGUAAUCACAUAAACUGCUUUCCAGUGUUCCUCAGGGGAAGGUAGUGACAUGCCCAGCUGGCUAUUGCACUAAAGUAAAAUUUACUGGUACAGGAUAGGCCUACUGCAUGUGGUUAUGUUGCUACCUACACUCUAAUAUGUCCUUGUGUCUCCUGAAACCUUUUCUUAACCAAAGACCCACUCCAACAGUAGAGUGGCCAACUCUUCUGUAUUUGGCACAGAGGACUUUUACUUUGUACUUUUUCUACCUUCUUGCUUUGCAUCUAAUUGGAUGAGGUUUCCCAUCUCGUCUCCCAGUCUCUGCUUUUGAUUGGGAAGACACUGCCCCUUCAUUAGAAGGGAAUUAGAGCUUGCAAGAGUUUGCCUCUGUCAGGUGGCUGUUUCAUGAGCCUUGCAGCAUCUUGUCCUUGCUCUUUUUCAUCUUCUUCUUCUUUAUUUUUUAAAAUUUUAUUUUAUUUUAUGUUUUUCGUAUCAGGGAUCAAACUCAGGACCUCACACUUGCCAGACAGAUCUUAUGCUGCUGAGUUAAAUCCCUGGCCUAAAUAGAGGAUAAAACCAAGGAAAAUAAAACAGAACAAAACCGAUCAAGAUAAACCAGUAUAAGUGAUACAGGUCUUUAAAACUUAGAAAAUCAGCAAUAGUUACCAUAAUGCCUCUAUCAUCUUCAAAAUAGCUGCAGAUACCUUUGGACCUGGUAAAAAUCAAACAACAGAAUAGAGCAGAAACAACAAACACAAAACAAUGACUGCAGUAAAGGACUUCAAAACAAGCUCACAGUAAGUCCAGAAUGGCUACCAUAACACGUCUUGCUAUCUUUUGAACAGUUGUUCAUGGCAUCAGAUUUAAUAUAAUCAAACAAAAUGAAAGAAUAAAACCCAACCAACAAAGCAAUGAAAAUGACAUGGUUUCCAGGCAGGGCCCACCCCCUUGUGAGGCCUGGUUCUCGCUCCACAGUCUGCGAAUGCUGCUGACUGGGAGAGAGGCUUGGGCGUGGCUGUCCCCACUCCAGCAGCAGCUGUCCUGCUCUUCUGCAGGAGUCAUUCGUUUUGGAGUCAAUGGGCUCGUCACCUGUGUAAAAGCUAUUUAUGUUUUCUUUGAGGAUGCCGUGGAUAUAACUUUGAAAAUCCCAAGGCCACCCCAGGGUGGUGUGAAUCCGUGGCAGUUAAACAUAGCCAUAUACAGGAUGCUGCCCCACAUCUGGGGAGUGAGUUUGUAGUUUCCUCCACGUAUGCCACACUGUGUCUCAGGAAAUACAGUACUACAGGGUGCCUUGUUUUCUUUUCAAUAUGUGAGCCUCUAACAUGUAGAAUACAAAACCAGUCCUGAUUUUCAUAAAGGUCCACAUAUUCAGCUUUAACAGACUUUUCUUCAGACUUGAGUUCCUGCAAAAAAAUUCUCCUUUGUGAGCCAGGGUCUUGCUCUGUAGCCCAGGCUGGCCUUGAACUCACAGUGAUCAUCUUGCCUCAGCCUCCUGAGUGCUGGAUCACAGGCAUGUGGGACCACAGCUGGUUCUUUCAUUUCAACCUAAGGGACUCCUCUACCCAAGGCAGGCCUAGUAGGAAGGACGGACAUUCUUCAGUGCUUGCAUCUAGGAAUGUCUGAGCUUUCCCCCUCAUUUUAAGGACAGUUUUGCUGGAUGUAAAAUGCUUAGUUGAGAGAGCUUUUUGUUUUGUUUCACUGUUUCAUUCACACAGCACAUGUCCACCUGUUUCCUUCUGUCCUCCUGUAACAGAAUAUCCCGCACCCCAGUCAGUAUACUGCAGUUCUUAGUUGUCCAGGUAACAGUUCUGUCUCUAAGAAACGGCUGGUCACUGAGACGCCUAGCUGGUCACUGUGAUGCACGCUGCAUAAACCAACCCCAAUCAACAAGCCAUUUUGCCCCGGUACUCCCCACUUGCUUAUCCUAUACAGGCCUCAGACCAUCAGAGAUCAGGCCCUGAUAUUCUGGGAAUGUACCAAUCAGUGCCCGUUGGUGUAAAUAAAUGUGUCUCCAACUCCUGGGUGUCCUUUCUGUGACUGUGCUUGCCGCUGCUCUCCAAGGAUUUUGAGGAUAAGUCUAAUGAUUAUGUUUUUGGGGAAUUGCUGUCAGCUGCACAGGCAUUAAUUUAUUUGUCAUAUUUUAUACACUGAACGUUACGUUAUUCUAAUGUAAGUGAAGUUGCAGCAUCACUUUGACACCAGUAAGAAUUAAGAGCAAAAGGAACUGGAGAUGCUGAGUGUAGACAUCAUGGGAUCUCUAAAUGCAAGAGGUAUUACAGAUGCUGAGAACAGAUUCUCAGAACAGAAACAAAAAGGGAUAUUGAAGCAUCCUACAGGUCUGAAUUUCUAAAACAAAAGUGUCAAUCUCCAUAACUCACAUUAGUAAGACAUUUUGUAACAUUUUUCUGUUAGAAUCAAAAGACCCUCAUGGCCAAGAGUGUGAUGAGUGAAGUGGAGGUGACCAGCUCUGCCUGGGCCCACUGGCACCAUGACCUCACAAGAUCCCCUGUGAGGUCACAGCAGUUAGCUGUGUAAGGUAGGGUGUUCACCCCAGAGACUCUUUGUGGGUGAAGUAGAUUGGUGUUUGGAGUUGAGUUGGCGUUUUGAGAUUCGAAAUUUUUGUCAUUGAUUUUAUAAAGCCUAGUUCCAUCAGGGCACCCUUCGAGGUGGGUAAAACAUCUUUGCUGGACGUCAUGUCAUCGUCCACAGAAAUGUCAUCGUUCACAGGAAACUUCCAUCAAGACUAUGACGUGCUGAUGCCCCUUGGUGAGGGUCACUUUGCCAAGGUGGUACUCGCUGAACAUGUGAGCACAAGGAUGCUGGUAGCUGUGAAGGUACUUCAAAAGGACAAGUUGAGGCCUACUGCUGUUAGACGGGAGGUCAGCAUCCUAAAGGACCUUCAGCACCCCAAUAUCAUUCAGUUGCUGGAAGUGUCAGAAAAUAGUACCACUAUGUUCCUGGUAAUGGAAUAUGCACGCGGGAAAGACCUGCAGCGACAUAUCAAGCGUGCUGAGAGACAGAAGCUGCAGGAGGAAAGGGCACGGCUGAUAUUCCGAGAACUCCUGGAGGCUGUGCAGUACUGCCAUAACAGGGGAGUCAUCCAUGGGGACCUGAAACCGGCGAACAUAUUAAUGGACCGUGAAGGCCACCCCAAGCUCAGCGAUUUUGGCGUGGCUUUCAGGUUCCUUCCUGGCCAGGAGGUGACCACGUGUGGAGGCACCCGAAAGUAUGCUGCCCCAGAGAUAUUUUUACAAAAGAAAUACCAAGGCCCACCACUGGACAUUUGGUCUUUAGGGAUACUUUUAUUUGAGAUGCUCGCUGGGGUACGCCCAUUUAGUGGGAGCCAAACACGACUGACAAAGGAUGCCCUAAAGGGGCGAUACCAGUUUCCCCAGCACUUCUCCAAAGAGGUGCAAAGCUUAAUAAAGGGUCUUCUCAACCCUGACCCAAGAAUGCGCCCUACUUUAGAGAAAGUAAGGCAGCAUCCAUGGCUUCAGCUUGAAUCUGUCCCUUGUCAUCCUCCUCAACUGCUCCCCAAGGCCACAGAAAGGGCAAUAUUGCACAUUAUGGCUGGGAAGGGGUACAACCGGCUGAAGGUGAUUGAUGCAGUGAAGUGCAGAAAAUACGAUCCUGACAUGGCGCCCUUCCUGCUACUACAGGACAUGGCACUCGAGAAACUCCACUUGAGGUCUGAGGUGAAGCCCACACACAAACGUGAGGCUGAAGAUCUGUUUGAACAGUCCACAAACAAAGAUGAGUAUACAGAUGAAUAUCAGCCAUCUUCAUCUCCUCCCCCUGUAGCAUCUCACAAACCAAGCCGUGCUAUUGCUACUACCAAGGCCUGCCAGCCCAGCCAUACUACUACCAUCAAGUCCUGCCAUCCAGGCCCUUCUACUCCCAAAGCAUCCCGUCAACCAAGCCCUGCUUCUCCCAUCAAGUCCUAUCAUCCAGGACCUGCUACCCCUAAAGCAUCCCGUCAACCAAGCCCUGCUUCUCCCAUCAAGUCCUACGAUACAGGACCUGCUACCCCUAAAGCAUCCCGUCAACCAAGCCCUGCUUCUUCCAUCAAGUCCUACCAUUCAGGGCCUGCUACCCCUAAAGCAUCCCGUCAACCAAGCCCUGCUUCUUCCAUCAAGUCCUACCAUUCAGGGCCUGCUACCCCUAAAGCAUCCCGUCAACCAAGCCCUGCUUCUCCCAUCAAGUCCUAUCAUCCAGGACCUGCUACCCCUAAAGCAUCCCAUCAACCAAGCCCUGCUUCUCCCAUCAAGUCCUACGAUACAGGACCUGCUACCCCUAAAGCAUCCCGUCAACCAAGCCCUGCUUCUUCCAUCAAGUCCUACCAUUCAGGGCCUGCUACCCCUAAAGCAUCCCGUCAACCAAGCCCUGUUUCUCCCAUCAAGUCCUACGAUACAGGACCUGCUACCCCUAAAGCAUCCCGUCAACCAAGCCCUGCUUCUUCCAUCAAGUCCUACCAUUCAGGGCCUGCUACCCCUAAAGCAUCCCGUCAACCAAGCCCUGCUUCUUCCAUCAAGUCCUACCAUUCAGGGCCUGCUACCCCUAAAGCAUCCCGUCAACCAAGCCCUGCUUCUCCCAUCAAGUCCUAUCAUCCAGGACCUGCUACCCCUAAAGCAUCCCGUCAACCAAGCCCUGCUUCUCCCAUCAAGUCCUACGAUACAGGACCUGCUACCCCUAAAGCAUCCCGUCAACCAAGCCCUGCUUCUCCCAUCAAGUCCUAUCAUCCAGGACCUGCUACCCCUAAAGCAUCCGGUCAACCAAGCCCUGCUUCUCCCAUCAAGUCCUACGAUACAGGACCUGCUACCCCUAAAGCAUCCCGUCAACCAAGCCCUGCUUCUUCCAUCAAGUCCUACCAUUCAGGGCCUGCUACCCCUAAAGCAUCCCGUCAACCAAGCCCUGCUUCUCCCAUCAAGUCCUAUCAUCCAGGACCUGCUACCCCUAAAGCAUCCCGUCAACCAAGCCCUGCUUCUUCCAUCAAGUCCUACUAUACAGGACCUGCUACCCCUAAAGCAUCCCGUCAACCAAGCCCUGCUUCUUCCAUCAAGUCCUACCAUUCAGGGCCUGCUACCCCUAAAGCAUCCCGUCAACCAAGCCCUGCUGUUCCCAUCAAGUCCUGUAAAACCAGCCGUGCCUCUACUGAGUCAUACUGGCAGCCCAAUCCUGCCUCUCCCGGUGAGUCCUUCCAGCACAGCCCUGGGACUCCAAAUGCUGCCUUCACUGCUGCCCCAGCCCCUGUCAGCAGUAGGAGGUGGGGCUGGAAAACUGUCAAGAGAACCAUGAGAGACUGCCUGCAGGCCCUGUGCUGCUGCCCCCUAUCGACGUGCAAGUGUCACAAACACAAGGUGGUCGCAGUUGCAGAUCCAUGAUCCCUCCUAUGGAUGUGGUCAUCCUGACAGCGAGGUCAGCCACACAAGUGGAAGCCACAGUGAGUUGCCUUGCAGCCCUUUGUGCAGGGAGCUGGAGGGGAGAGGAGGAGUCAAGAUCACUAGUGUAUCCUGUGGGCGAGAAGCAGAGGGAGGGGUUGGUGCACAGCAUGGGAAGGCUGCACAGGCACCAGGAACUGAGAGCCAGCGAGAGGAAGACAGGAGGAGCAGGGGGGAGAGUCACCUGGCUUGUGUCCUGCUGUCUGAGGGAGGCUGCCCCAGGGACAGGGAGGGCUGGGCACCAUGGACCUGACCACAACCUCCCAUGAGGAUGCAGGGAGACCUGGGUACCAUGGACCUGACCACACCUGACCACUACCUCCCUUAUUGUGCCUGGCAGUAGGGUGUGUUCUGGGAAGAGCAAGGGGUCAUCUACCAUCACCCCCACACAUCCCCAUGAAGAGACAUGGACCCAAACCCUGGUCUUCUGAAUGCUGUCCCCAAGUCUGUGUCUGCAAGCCUUUGAAAGGAGCCCAUUGAAGUCUUGUGUCAGUAAACAGAGACUCAUAUCCAGCCUUGAGGGCACACAGGCAUGCGUGUGGUGGGGACAGAGUUUGGAACAAGAGAAAUCUCCACACGUGAUGGUGUUGCUUGCCACCGUGGGAACAGUGACAUUUGGUAAAGAGAAGACAUUCGUGGCUUCCAAACUGUGGUCUGUGUUUGCAGCACCUGGGGCAGGAUCUGAACCAGAGAGUGUUCAGGGCAAGUUGGAACAUGCACAUAACACAUGUCAUGGUGCAUCUUGCUUCUGCAUUUUCUCAUUUUCUAUCUUUGUACUUGUUUUCUGCCUUGAGGCUUGUAAAUUGCUUAUGGUCAGUAGUUUAUUACUAGUAUUGGGACCUCUUAAGGAAAUGACUAUUUUCAGAGAUGUUCUGUAGGGGUAGCUGGCUUUGGAUUCUGUCAUCCCAAGAUUUUGCCUCUUCUUUUCUUAAAGGAACUUUUUUUUUUUUUUCAAAACGAGAAACUAUGGAAUUUCUUUUUUGGUACUGGGAGUCAAACUCAGGGUCUUGUGUUUGCCAGGCAGGAGCUGUGCCACUGAGCUCCAUCCCCAGCCCUGCCUCUUCAGUUCGGUAGGAAUGAAGGGCUGCUGCCUGUUUGGCCCAGCACCCAGUUCUUAUAGUUCUGUAGUCCAGAACUACAGGAUUGUUUGUGCCCCUCAGACAACUGAGGUGGUGGUGUUCAAAGAAGAUCAGUUGAUGCCAAUAACUCUGUCACUUUGGCUAACAUAGUACAAUCAGCUAUAACAACUGCAACCAACACAGCCAGGAAAUGAUAAACUCUUAUGACCAAGGACAUGCCUGCUUUAAUCACAGGUAUGAGAUUUGUAGUUACACAGCCAACUAUAAGGCAAAGCAGAAUAUUAUAUACAGUAAGUAUAUACUCAGUAGAGCAAUUUGCCCUAAAGGGAGAAAAUUUAUUAGGGAUACCAAGAAAAUAUAGAAAAAUAAAAGAGAGAUAAGAAGACUGAAGUACAAAGGGAGAUUACCAGGCCUUAGAAAACGAGUGAUAAAACAGGAGCAAAAAGCAGGACCAAAAAAGAGAGAAAAAUACAAAAGCUGAGAACAAUGUACACAGGCAGGAAAAACAAAACACAAAGACAAAAAGUUCUCUGACUUUAAACCUGUGGCAGGCCUCUGCGGUCUGUGGUCUUAUUGCAGUGUCCAGUGCAGAGAAGACAGUGGAGGCACUCCAAGCCCAGCUGCGUGCUGUCAGAUCCCAGCAAGCCUGCAGUAGUGUUUCGGGCCCCUGAGUUAGCUAGAAAUACUAUAGGCAGGGAGACAGGGCUAGGUCCUGAAGGAGCCAGUGCAGGAGCUCAGAUACCUUGCAGCUAAGGGGAGACAGGCACCUCCUGCUGUGGGCCAAACCUCAAGACAAAAGAUCAAACAAAUACAUCCAUAAGGACUGAUGUUCUAAAUAGCUUCUUAGCACCCCGCGGAAGUCAGGAGUCACCAUUCCAACCCCCUAGGGAAGAUUCACUGCUCUCUAAGAAUGCCUGCUUUCUAAGUGGCUCACUUCCCCAUUUGUCCCCAAUUUAAUGAAUUUACCUGAACUAUUAAUCUUAUUGGUUAACCAUAGUUCUGCCCUACCUUAUGCCCAUCUGCCUUGUGAGUUCCCAGUUUUGCCCACAAGUCCAUCUCAUCCCAUGAUUUUCCUCUAUAAACGUCCCUGGGAAAGACAGAGUCCCACUGCUUGGGACUCCUCCUGUCUCUCUCAGACAGAAGCUUGCUUUCUCUCAAUAAAUAUAUUUUACUCUUUACCUCUAUUGUUCCUAAAA